AUGUAACUAAAUCAUAAAGAAGGAAAAUAAACUAUAGUAGCAAUAGCAGGUGUUCCAGGUUCUGGAAAAACCUAUUUCUGCAAAAAUAUAAUAUUACAAUAAUACCCUAAUGCAAAAAUAAUUCCAAUGGAUGGUUAUCACAUUUACAGAAAGGAUUUAAAUGAAGAAGGAUUAAAAAGAAGAGGAGCAGCCUUUACAUUUGAUCAUAAAAGAUUCAAAACAGAUUUAACAAAUUUAAGAGAAACAGGAUCUGGAUCAUUCCCAGAUUUUGAACAUUCUAUCAAAGAUCCUGUAGAAAAUGCAAUUCAGAUAACUAAAGAAGAUAGUAUAGUUGUAGUAGAAGGAUUAUAUUUAUUUUUAAAACAAUGGGAUUUAAAGCAUUUAUUUGAUUAAAAAUUCUUUAUUGAUAGAGAAUUUAAUGCAUAAUUAAUAGGAUAGCGUCAUUUUUUAUGUGGUAUAGAAGAUACAUUAGAAAAGGGUAUAAAAAGAGCUAUAGAAAACGAUUAAGUUAAUGCUGAGUUUAUUUUAUAGAAUAGUGAUUUUUGUGAUGUUAAAUUUAUAAAAUGAU